GCGCUGGCUGUCCGUUGGGCGGGAGUGAAGACAGACAGGUCUGCUUUCCAAUAGAUGGCGACAUUUUCUGGCCCGGCCCCUAGAGAGAACCAAUCAGAGGGAGAGGAGCCAGGCUUCUAUGGGUCGGGGUCCCCCAGCUGAAGUUUUGAGCCUGGUUUGGAAAGAGUUUGCCACGUGUGCGUGCUUCUGGGGAGGGACAGAGGGGAGGGGUGAGCCGAGGGUGGAUGUGGCUCCCUCCCUCCUCUUCCCACAGCAUCACCCACCUCGGCAGGGGGCUGGAGCCCCUGGGGAGCCUGGUUACAGCGAAACCUGCCUUAAGUUCCCUGCAAAACACAGCGCCUGGCCGCAUCGGUGUGCAAGUAAAGACCGAAUCCUCUUGUGCUGACAAUAUUGGGGGCACUUUAAGGCGGCUGCGAAAGGCACUGAGUGUAACUGACCCCGGAGGAGGAGAGGUGAAGGUCCUGGCUCCAGGCUCCCAGCUGUAUAAAACUCCUUUACGCAACCGUCAUCCAGAUUUUUUUUUCUUUUUGAGAAAAUAGGCCUUGCUGUGACUGACUCAAGGAUGAGGGUUGCAUUUUGGGCUCCCCUUUUCUGUGUGGUUGUUACCUGUGUGACUGGGGCUCUUAUCCCAGAAGCAGAAGUGAAGAUUGAAGUGCUCCAGAAGCCAUUCAUCUGUCAGAGGAAAACCAAAUGGGGGGAUAUGAUGUUGGUGCAUUAUGAAGGCUACUUGGAAAAAGAUGGUUCAGUGUUUCACUCCACCCACAAGCAUAACAAUGGUCAACCUAUGUGGUUUACACUUGGCAUAAAGGAAGCCAUUAAAGGCUGGGACAAAGGUUUAAAGGAUAUGUGUGUAGGAGAAAAGCGGCAACUAACUAUUCCUCCAUCCCUUGCUUAUGGAAAAGAAGGAAAAGGAAAAAUUCCACCUGAGAGCACGCUGAUAUUCAACAUUGACCUUCUAGAAAUUAGAAGUGGACCGAGAUCGCACGAGUCAUUCCAACAGAUGGAUCUUAAUGAUGACUGGAAGCUAUCCAAGGAUGAGGUGAAAGCAUAUUUGAAGAAGGAAUUUGAAAAGCAUGGUGCACCAGUGAAUGACAGCUAUCAUGAUGUUUUGGCUGAUGACAUAUUUGAUAAAGAAGAUGAAGACCGUGAUGGAUUUAUAUCUGCCAGGGAGUUCACAUACAAGCAUGACGAGCUGUAGAGAAGCCUGGCAAAAUUUUCCAUGAAGCAACUUAUGGUGUCAAGUUCUUUGUAACAUUUUUGAUUCAGUGUUCAGUGCUGACUGUUUCUAAUGAAACAGAAAAAACUUUUUUUUUCAUAUUCAAAAAAUGAUCCAAACUCUUAACUAUUUUUAGGUAUUGAAAUUAAGCCUUUUGUGCAGCAGUUGAAAAGGUUUAUGCAGUAACAGUGGUUUUGGUUGUACAAACCCUUAUUUUAUAUUAACUUAUUUUGCAAUUAUGAAACAAAAACUUGCCAUAUAACAAACUUUCAAAAAUGAAAAUCCAGUCCUUUAUCUGCCUUGCAUUUCCUUCUUCUGUGCUAUAUAUAUAUUUCAGCUCUCUCUCUCUCUCUCUCUCUAAUAAUAUAAAGGUAGUUUAAUUUUAAAUCAGUGACUUCAGUUAUAUGGCAUUAUUUUCCUUUGCAAAUCUGUGUUUGAAAAGCACAAGAAAAGAAAUGCCAACUAAUUUUCCUGAAGCUGUCAAAAAGAGGUACACUACAAAGGUGUGACGUGUUAUGAGCCUUCUCAGCUGUAGCAAUAUAGUGUAAUCUACAUGGGACAGAAUAAGAAAAAUUACUGUCUUCCAUUGGUUUAUUUUUAUAAAUAUAGUAGGCUUCCUUAGUGUCCCAACAAACCAAUGAUUCAUUUUGUAUUUAUUUCAGUGAUAUGAGCUAGAAUCAAGAUAGGAGUUAGAUGUUGCCAGUUACUUUUGCUAUUUAUUUAAACUGUCAGUUAUUAACAUUCCAUUUGAGUUGGGGAGGGAAGGGCUAUUUUUGAGAGAUUUGUACACGUAUCAAGUUACAGCACAACACCUACACUUAAUGGAAGACUUACAAUGCUAAUCAGUAUCUUAUGCAUCGGAAUUAAGAAACUUGCAUUGGUGCAGAGAGACCACAUGUUUUCUUUGACCUACUAAAUAUAUCUUAGGCUGAAUGCUCAAGUUUUAAGUUGCUUAGCUAUGAGGGAAAAAGGUAUCCUGAGAGGAAGUGAAAUGGUCACAAGGACACCCGCAUUGGUCCAAUUCCUGUCACUGCCUUAAAUAGUUUUGGGGUUUUUGUUUUGUCUUUUUUACGUUGCCUGUUGGGGGGAAAGUAGUAUUUAGAGUUGCAGAGGUAUAUACUGUAAAAUGCAGUAUGUUUCUCGCAGUAUUUCAUGAGUGGUACAAAAAUAAAUUGAAGAUCAAGUGUGCUGAUAUUUUAAACAAUAAAGUGACUUAGAAAAAUA